CAGUAAGUUCACCAGAUACAGUACCAGACCUUGUGGAGAGAAGACUGACUAACACAGCCACUAUGAGACUGGUACUCCCCAACCCGGGUCUGGAUGACAGGAUUCCCUCGCAUCAGGAGCUGGAGAGGAUGGAGAAGGAGGAGGCUGGGGACAGACCCAAAUGGGACAACAAAACCCAGUACAUGCUCACCUGUGUGGGCUUCUGUGUGGGGCUGGGUAACGUCUGGCGUUUCCCCUACCUGUGCCAAAGCCAUGGAGGAGGAGCGUUCAUGAUCCCGUUCCUGAUCCUGGUGGUUCUGGAGGGAAUACCUCUGCUGUACCUAGAGUUUGCUAUUGGCCAGCGCCUCAGGAAGGGCAGUGUGGGGGUCUGGACAGCUAUUAACCCUUAUCUGGGUGGCGUUGGUAUUGCCUCUAUGCUGGUCUCCUUCUUGGUGGGCAUGUACUACAACACCAUCCUUGCCUGGGUGAUGUGGUACUUCUUCAACUCUUUUCAGAGCCCUUUGCCUUGGAGCCAAUGCCCCGUCAAUGCCAACCUAUCGGACGUGGUGUCCGAGUGCAAGCGGAGCUCCCCAGUGGACUACUUCUGGUACAGGGAGACGCUGAACUCGUCCACAGCAAUAGACGAGUCUGGAGGACUGCAGUGGUGGAUGGUUCUGUGCCUGGUCUGCGCGUGGACUCUGCUGUACGUCUGCUGCAUCAGGGGGAUUGAGACAACAGGCAAGGCUGUGUAUAUCACCUCCACGUUGCCCUACGUAGUCCUCACCAUCUUCCUGAUCAGAGGGCUGACUCUCAAAGGCUCCGUGGAUGGAAUCAAGUUUCUCUUCACCCCGGAUCUGGAUGAACUGAUCAACCCAUCUACAUGGCUGGAUGCAGGAGCCCAGGUUUUCUAUUCCUUCUCCUUGGCCUUCGGAGGACUUAUCUCCUUUUCCAGCUACAACUCUAUACACAACAACUGUGAGCAGGAUGCUGUCAUCAUCUCCAUUAUAAAUGGCUUCACCUCCGUGUACGCAGCCACUGUCAUCUACUCCAUCAUCGGCUUCAGGGCCACCGAGAGAUUUGACGAAUGUCUUGAAGGAAACAUCCUGGCACUGAUCAAUGCUUUUAAUCUACCUGAGGGGAACAUUACAGAUGUUAACUAUGCGGACAUGCUACAAAGCUUCAACAGCACUUUCCCAGAGACCGUUCAGGGUCUGAAUCUUAAGACCUGUGAUCUGAAUACUUUCCUCAGUGAUGGUGUUGAAGGAACAGGUCUGGCCUUCAUCGUGUUCACAGAGGCCAUCACCAAGAUGCCCGUGUCUCCUCUCUGGUCUGUUCUCUUCUUCAUCAUGCUCUUCUGCCUGGGGCUGUCCACCAUGUUUGGCAGUAUCGAAGGGACGGUUGUUCCACUGCAGGAUCUCAACAUCUUCCCCAAGCGCUGGCCCAAAGAGGCACUCACUGGUAUUGCUUGCCUGGUUUCUUUUACCAUUGCUCUCAUAUUUGCCCAGCAAUCUGGUAACUACUGGCUAGCUCUGUUUGAUAGUUUCGCUGGUUCAAUCCCUCUCCUGGUCAUUGCCUUCUGUGAGAUGAUGGCUGUGGCUUAUAUCUAUGGCAUUGACAGGUUUAAUGAUGACAUCAAGUUCAUGAUCGGGCACAAACCCAACAUCUUCUGGCAGGUCACUUGGAGGGUGGUCAGUCCUCUUAUCGUCUUUGUCAUAUUUGUGUUCUACUUUGUCACUAAAGUCAACUCCACGCUCACCUACAUUGCUUGGGAUCCUAGCUCGGUGAACUUCCCUGUGUUGGAGACAUUGGAGUAUCCUGGUUGGAUCUACGUCAUUAUCUUUCUCCUGGCUGGAAUUCCAAGUCUGGUGAUCCCUGGUGUGGCAAUAUACAAACUUAUUCAAAGAUUCUGGUGCAAGAAGGACAUAUAUACAACCAAAGUUGACACCAUAUCUGCAGCAGUGGACAUGCAGGACAAAAGGGCAUAGAAAAUGACAGCACCACCAUUAAACAAGACAAACAGUUUUGAGCUGGAAGUGCAUAAAUGACUUGAAAAAAAGUCUUGACUUGUGAUGUGGCUAUGGCACGUUUAGCUAACAUGCUUAAUUAUGUUCCUAAAAUGUGGCAUAUCAAUGACAAAACAUGUACAACCUUGUUAAUUCUGGCACAAUGGAUGGACCAUUUGACAUUUAUUUAUCAAAUCUCUUCAUAUCGCUGCAUGUCAAUACUUAACAAUAGAUCUAGACACGCCAGAUUUAU